AUGGCGAUCCCGGACGAGAAACUCGAACUCGACAUGGAUGUCAACAGGGACGAGGAGAGGAGAGAGCUCUACACAGCGAGAGAUACAGGUCGACCGACAGGUCACACGGGAGCGGGAGAGGGCCUGAGAGUGAUCAUUUACUCAGCUGCCAGCGCCGGACGAGUCGAUGCUGCUGCAGAAGAUGAUGGCUACAUUCCCUUGUACCUGGAAGAAGAAGAAGAAGAAGAAGAAGAAGAAGAAGAAGAAGAACAUGGUGAUAACGCGAGACCUGUCCAUGGAAACACGGCCCAGACGAGCCUCAUCCAUCCACCAAACCUCGUCGCCUCGAAGCCCCAAGACAGGGGGGGGCCGAUGACAUGA